AUCCCUCUGAUUCAAGCCGUUUCGUAAAGUAGAAGUGAGACGUCAUCACGUCCGUAUUCUGUUGACGUGGCGUCUCUAAACAAACGUACCGUGCACGAAAAGAAGUGGUUUUGCUGUCUCUGGAAGAAUGGCAUAGGUCAAGGAGUGAACCUUUCAUGUUUUCUGAGUGAAAAAUGACUGGGAAAAACCAACACAAUGGUUUCCAGUCAGCCACCUCUGUGCAGCCCACCUUUGGAGGGCACUCGUAUGUCUUUGGGAAUGGUUCAGAGACGGAGUGCUCGGAGGAGGACGGGGAGAGCUACGAGCUGCGUUCCCGUGCUCGAGACCGGAUGCGUCGGAGCACUUCAAGAGACAGGCUGGAUGACAUAGUCUAUCUGGUCAGGGACAUUAAAGAAGGAGACACACUCAACAGCAUCUCACUCCAGUAUUUUUGCUCGGUAGCAGAUAUCAAAAGGGCCAACAACCUUCUCACAGAGCAGGACUUUUUUGCAUUGAGGUCUAUAAAAAUCCCAGUGAAAAGGUUCAGUGUUCUGACUGAGACCCACAGCACCACUCCGCACAAGUCUGCCACCCCAGGAACUACCCGCUGCCUAGCAGACUUUGCGGAAGCUGCCAGCGGGACAGUGGACUCUGCGUCUUCCUCCUCCUCCACGGACAGCGUGGGCAACUUCCUGCAGGAAAAGGACAAGGACAUCGAGCUGCUGGUCAAAUCCGCAGGCUCCUCCAGAAACAGCCUGAACGAGGUGGUAUCCUCCCUCAGUCCCCUACAGCCCCUGCUGGGAGACCCCGAACGCAGACCACCCCUGAGGAAGGAUCCCUACUAUGGGGCAGACUGGGGAAUGCGCUGGUGGACUGCAGUGGCCAUCAUGCUGGUAGUGGGGAUAGUCACACCCGUGUUCUACUUGCUGUAUUAUGAGGUUCUGAUGAAAGCCGACGUUAGCCAUCAUAACAAUACGCAUGGUGCCACCAAGCAGGCGCCCAUCAUCACGAGUCAACAGCACAAAACUUUGGAACCUAAAGGGGGCUUGGUUGGAGAACCAGGACACAAGGAUGUUCCUCAGCAGGACUCACAGGUGCAACCAGCCAUUGAAAUGAAAGACAACCAAGGCCAUGAGGGAGGAGAUACGUAGUGAGGCAGAGACAUUCACCAAUAGGGACCAGAGUAUACUUUGAGGCAUUUCUGCAUUCAGAGAUGUAACCACUUUCGUAGGUGAAAAAUAGCAGUUGAGCUACAUUUGGUCAUUGACUCUAUGGGAAUUUUCUGCACAGUUCUUUAUUUUCCAAGAGUGAGCUCACAUGUAGCUGCUUCAGUCACUUCUGUGGUUUGCCUUAGGGGUACAUGUAUGACGGUUGUUUCUUAUUUUCAGAAACCAUGUGUAUGAACAGAAAGUGUUGCCACUGUCUUCUUGUCAGGGAUGUACUUUAAAUAAAGCAUAAUUUAUUGAAGAAAAAUGAUAUGUUCCAAAAUCAGUAUUGUUGCGUAGGAUGAGUAACUAUUGGCUGCCAUAGGAAUUUGUUUUUCCUUUUCAGAAUAUUGGCAUGGCAUUGUUGUGAAAUGCACAAUAUUCUUUUUGUCUUCUUAUUUUAUUUUUGAAAUGAUGUAAAAUGUCUACAUUGAAAUUUCAAGGAUUUUUUUUUUUUUUUUUUCUCUCCAUGUAGAUCCGUUUUAAUGAAAAUACAUAUUAGCAUCAGUAUGUGCCUUCUUCCUGUGGACUCACUCAAGUACAGGUUGAAAAUAAAGUAACUAUUUUAAUUAUGAA